AUGCCAGAGUUACUUCCAAUACCUGAAGAAGAAGAGUUGGUAAAGAUACCUGUUGAUUGUUACACAAAAUAUCUUCGUGUAAAGAAGGAUGAUUGUUUUGAUACAAAGGAAGAUUUAAAGAUAGCUUUGUAUACAAAGUGCGUGGAAGACGGCUAUCAGCUAAUUGUUGAUAGAUCAACCAAAGAUCGUUUUGAAACGAAGUGUAGACAGGAUAAAAAUUGUACAUGGCGUAUGGUUGCGAAGAGGGUAACAGGUUGUGAAAUGUUCCAAGUAAGAACUUUCAAUGAUCAACAUACUUGUUCAAGAACCCAACUUUACCCUCACCAUAGACAGGCAAACAAAAAGGUGUUGGGUGGAUUUUUGUCUGAGUUGAUGUUUGUGAAAGGAAGGGUAUAUAGGGGUCAUGAGAUUAUGACCGACAUGGAUGCCCGGUUCAAGAUUAACAUCUCAUAUUCUCAAGCUUGGAGAGCCAAGUGCUAUGCCUUGGAAUUGUUGAGGGGGUCACUGGAAGAUUUGUUUGCCCAAUUGCCAGCAUAUUGUCACAAUUUAAAGCUGAAAAACCCCGGUUCGGUAACUCAUAUCAAAACAGAUAGAUAUGGACGUUUUGAGUUGUUGUUUAUCGCCAUUGGUGCUGCGAUACGUUCAUUUGUUUCUUUCUUGCGGCCAGUUAUUAUAGUUGAUGGGGCACAUCUAAAAGGCCGAUAUCUUGGAACAAACUUAUUAGCAGUAGGCAUGGAUGCUAAUAAUGGGAUACUACCAAUAGCUUACGGGGUUGGAAAAUCUGAAACCUUUGAAUCAUGGACAUGGUUUAUGGGGCAUCUUAGGGAUUGCAUAGGUAAUGUUAGCAAUUUGACAAUCAUUUCUGAUAGGGCAAACUCAAUUGAUACGGCCAUUAGAAGGUGUUUUCCAGAUGCUUUUCACGGGCUUUGUGCUGUUCAUUUGCUUAGAAAUCUAAAAUCAAGAAAUGUUGUGCCUGAGUGUGCUCAAACACUACAAGAGGUUGGGUUUGAAAGAUGGUCAAGAGUACACGCACUUGGAGCAAGGUAUGGUUUCAUGACAUCUAAUAGUGCAGAAUCAAUCAACUCUUUAAGUCGUCAUUCAAGAAAAUUACCCAUUACCAUGUUAAUGGAGUUUUUUCGUGCAUCUCUUCAAGAGUGGUAUUAUAGGAAACGAAACGUUGCAGAAACAUUUGAACAUCGUGUUACACCAUGGACUGAAAAAAAGAUUGCAAAACGUGUUGUGAAGUCAUCAUCAUGGAGAGUUGAACCAUGUUCAAAUACAUUGUUUCAAGUUAUAGAUCAUAAGCUAAAUGGGCUUGUCGAUCUUGAUGCAAAGACUUGUACUUGUGGGAAAUGGCAAAUUUCUGGUUUUCCAUGUGGCCAUGUUAUAAAAGUUGCUCUUCAUUUAAACCAAGAUGAUUCAACUGUAUACGUUAUGGACUGCUACACUUCAGAAGUAUAUCGACAGACUUAUGCCGAGAUUGUCUAUCCCAUACCACAUCCUUCUGAAUGGGAGAUACCAGAUGACUUACAAACAGUUCUACCACCAGUCAUGGAUAAAAGACUACCUGGCCGACCCAAAAACCGUGAUCGUAUACCGUCUAAGGGUGAAGAGAGGAAGACAACAACAUGCAGUCGUUGUAAGGAACGUGGGCAUACAAGGUUGACUUGUGGUGCACCCAUGCCAUCACAAACAUCUUUUCCUACACCAAAAGAGUAUGGUUCUUCAUCAAGAUCAAAAUCAAAAGGGAAAUCAACGUCGACUUCACACUCAUCUCCUUUCGGGACUGUUAACUUAGGGGAUUAUUAG